UCUGAGCCUCCUUCUGUUUUCACUCAGCUGGAGAUUUCUGCUUCGGCUGCUGGUGACUGAAUGAAUGUGUGAAUGGGAUGCCUGAGAGAGAGAGAGAGAGAGAGAGAUGCUUGGUAAGGAGUGACUGAUGAGAACCAGCGCUCCGUUGUGGAGGGUGACCCCCUGUGUCCAUACCACCACUGAUCGGGGAGAAUUGGACGCCUGGCGUUUCCACGACGACUAUAAUGGGCUGCAAUCUGUGCACUUUACAGAAGCGAGAAGAACACUACAAGCUGCUGUACGAGAUUGCACAGGUCAACGGAAAAGAGUUGUCCAGGUGCAGCCAUGAGGAGACCGUGGAGGGCUUCCACACUGCCAAGGACCCCGUCGUGGUGCAGGUCAUCCGGCGAACCCCCAGCGGCCGCCCCCACGGCCCCCCUCAGGAAAUCCACGUGGUGGACGUGUGCACUCAGACCGACAUCACCUUCGAGCACAUCAUGGCGCUGGCAAAGCUGCGGCCUUCAACCCCUCCUGUGCCUGACGUCUGUCCUUUCCUGCUCUCUGACAGCUGUCAUUCCCUUCAUACAAUGGACCAGGACUACUAUGAAGGGACUGACUACCUCUCCCCCGUUCCUGCUGAUGGAGAGAGGACAGAGGAGUUCGAGUACGAGGAAGUGGAACUGUGUCGACUCGGCAGCCAAGAGAAGUUGGGGCUAACGCUGUGCUACAGGACGGACGAAGAGGAGGAUGUGGCCAUCUACGUCAGUGAGGUCAGUCCGAACAGCAUCGCCGCUCGAGAUGGACGCAUCCGAGAGGGGGACCGCAUUCUGCAGAUUAAUGGCCAAGACGUCCAAGACAGAGAGGAAGCGAUGGCUGCGCUCUCCAAUGAUGAAUGCAGGAACAUCGUGCUCCUGGUGGCCAGACCCGAGCUGCAGCUGGAAGAGGCCUGGCUGGACGACGAGCACAGCGAGUUCCUGGAGCAGCUGAAGAUGGAAAUGUUGGAGGAGCAGCAGAGGGAGGAGAUGGAACUAGCAGCCUUACAGGAGGAGCAGGAGAACGAACAGAGAGCGGAAGACGACAGGCCCACCUGCUCCACCCUGCCUCAUCAUAAGGACGGUCUGCGGAGCAUCAAAGACAGAGUGGACACUUCAGAGCAUAACGUCUUGGCACACAUUCAGAGGCGUCUGUCCCAGUGCCUGAGAGACAGCCGGGACUCGCGCUGCACCACCGGCUCCACGCGGUUAGAGGACGAGGAGGACGACGACGAGACGGAGGGCGAUCGCUUCCAGCAGCUGCUGGAGCUGAAGUGUCAGAUCCGGAACAGUGGCGAGUACGACCUCUUCUACAGCCGCCGCAGCACCAUCGAGUGCAGCGUCGGGGAGCAGGGCGGCGUGCAGCACGAGCUGCGCAUGCUCAACGAGGAGCUGCGCAGCAUCGAGCUGGAGUGCCAGAACAUCAUGCAGGCCCACAAGCUCCGGAAGGGUCAGCAGUCGCCUUCGACGGGCCGCUCGCCGCCCUCCACCAAAAACCAGAGCCUCCGCUGUGGCGAGCCCACGAGGGGGAAGCUGGCGGACGUUAACGAGAGGUUGGAAAAGUCAGACAAGGACAGCUCGAGUGCCUACAACACGGCGGAGAGUUCCAGGAGCACCCCUCUGGCCAUGGACCGCUCCCCAGAGCACUCACUCCAGAGGAUGGUGAGUCUCACUAACCAGAGAAACCUCUACAGCGGCCUGCAUGCCGCGCUCCAGUCCUGGGCAAGAGCAGCAGCCCGGACCACAGCAACCCGUCCGAGUCGGACCAGACGCCUCAGGCGGAGGAGGACAGCAGGGGACAAAUUGAAGCGGUGCGCCUCCCGCAUUCCCUACUUCUCUCCGUCCCACAGUUCCCAGCAGCGGCAGGCCAACAUCCCGGCUCACGCCCGCCACUACCAGAGCUACAUGCAGCUGAUCCAGCAGCGCUCCGCCGUGGAGUACGCCCAGAGCCAGCUCAGCCUGCUCAGCGUCUGCAAGGAGCCCCAGCGGCCCGUCAACGAGCCCAAGAUGGAGUGGAAGGUGAAGAUCCGCAGCGACGGCACACGGUACAUCACCAAGAGGCCCGUGAGGGACAAGAUCCUGAGGGAGCGGGCGCUGAAGAUCAAGGAGGAGCGCAGCGGCGGCAUGACCACGGACGAUGACGCCAUGAGCGAGAUGAAAAUGGGCCGGUACUGGAGCAAGGAGGAGCGGAAGCAGCACCUGGUCAGGGCCAAGGAGCAGAGGAAGCGGCGGGAGUUCAUGCAGCGGAGUCGGCUGGAGAGCCUGAAGGAAAACCCUCAGAGCAGCGGCGAGGGCCGCAAGGAAGUCAGCAUCAUCGAGCUCAGCCACAAGAAGAUGAUGAAGAAGCGCAACAAGAAGAUUCUGGACAACUGGAUGACGAUCCAGGAGCUGAUGACUCACGGCACCAAGGCGCCCGAAGGAGCCAAGGUGCACAACGCCUUCCUCUCAGUCACUACUGUAUAAAGAGAACGACCAACACGACGGACUCCUUCUACCCCAUGUGGUAUAACUUACUUGCCUCGUUCAAUGCGGCAUUUUUAUGAGGACAAAAGGAAUAUUUUUCACACUUUGUAACCCAAAAAAAAAGCAUUUUGUAGAGAAUUUAUGGGUGGUGUCAUGGCAUUUCCUUGACAUUUUUUCAAAGUUGUUUUUUCACAUCACUCUGUAGGGAAACAUUUUCUACGAAACUACGACAAUACAGUUAUUUUAUUACUUCACUUUAAACAUGAUUAUCUUUUCAAUUCUAUUUUCAUAUUUAUGUUUUAGCCAUAUAACUUUACAGAGUUGUAUGAGAAACUCAAGGGUUUUGUUUUGUAUUUUGUAACUUUCGAUGACUGAUCAGUUAUUCGCCUGCCUUCAUUUGCUUUUCUAACAGAUCUACCUUUCCUGGGACGGUGAAAUCAGUCCUCCAGCUUGUCUUAACAAACCAUGCAUGUUUCUGCUCAAGUUUUUUUUUUUUUGUUGUUGUUGUUAAACUUUGAUACAGAUUUCAACUUUUAUGUUACACAUCACAAUCCUUCCUGUAUUGAGGAAAUGAAGUUAAUACCUAUGACAGAACCUCGUGAAAUUGAAACAAAUUGUGACUUUACUGCAGUUUUAAUGGCCAGAAGUUUUACAACAACAAUCAUUGGUAAUUUAUGAGAUACAAGCAGGUUUUAGCAACAAAUUGUAAGUUUGUUCCCCUUGUGAAUGUGCUCUCUUUGCCACAUUUGAAGCAACAAAUAUACUUUGCUGUCAGUAAACAUGCAAUUUUUUACACUAGAGGAGAAAUCUUUACAUGCUUUAACACUUCGUACUUCGCUGCGACGCAGAACGGAGCUAGAGGAGGUGCUGAAGUUGUGCAACAACAAGAUGUGGUUCACUCCAAACAAGCCCGUGGACUUCUGUCUUUUUUAAUUAACUUAAAAUCAGUGUUUUUCCAACAGACAUCUAUCAGUCUAAAGGAGGGUAUAACUCAUAACACUACGGUCUUCCUCAUUGGUUUUUUCCAGUUACGAACUUGAGCCAAUUGAAGCAACAAAACAUGCAUUCAAACACAAACAAUCCUGGAAUACUGGCAGGAAACACCCAAAUAUUUUUGGACGUUUUUACAGAACAUUGCACUCAAAACAGAUGUAUUGAUUGCAGUUUUAAAUUUUUUUGUUGGCAGUUUGGGUAAAAUUAUUUCAUCAGAAAUCUUAAUUUUUAUGAUUUUCUUCUGACAUACCCAGUGACAGGAACCUUUGGCACGGUGUUUACAUGCCGGUGUUUUCUACCUUUUCCUCAGCGUAGCCUUAACAGCAUCGCCCGAACCAGAGACACCGCUGGUGUGAUUUCACACACACGUACACACACUCUAAUCCGUCAGUAUCCCUCUGGACAUCAGAGAGGUGUUCUCCAGCCUUACCCAUGCAUCGUAUAACUUCAGUUCUUCGUACCUGAAAGCAUUCAGACGUUGUAUAGUCACUGCUGAGUUAUAUUUGCAGCCGCAUCAAACUGGUGUUGGGGUGAUCGCCGCUGAGCAGGACUCAGAACACAAGCAUUUAAACCGGGGGGAAAAGUCAAAAAGUGUUUCUAGUUGAGUUACAUGUACAGUAUACUCAUCCCAAAUGCCUCAUUUUUACAUGAAAUAUUGUACAUUUAAAAUUUUAAACUGAGUCCCGUAUGUUUUGAGUCAAUGUCUGAUGGUCUAAUCCCGAGUAAAGCGUAGGUGGCCUAUUUGUAGCCAGAUAAAAUGUGUGAUAAUGGUGAUCUUUGCAA